AAGAUCUUCAGCCCUUUUUUUUGCAGAGCUGCGUUUUAUUCAGCCUUUAUUAUCCACCACAAGCCUUUCCUUGGCUACUUGAUCCUUCCGACGACGCAUUGCAAAAUAAAGUUUGAUUUUCCACCUCCCAAUUCCAAUUCGUACUCGUAGUCCUAGUUCGUAGGAUUUUUAGAAGUUUUUGUUCUGGUCGUUGUAUUCUAGUUUCGUAUUUUCACGAACAAGAACAUCACCAGACGAGUAUUCAGAAAAAACUAUCUCCUCGAAGAUGAGUUGCGCGGGUGUGGUGAAGUUUUUCAACGUGACGAAGGGCUACGGCUUCAUCACGACGGAGCGUGGGGAUGUGUUCGUGCAUGCCAACGACGUGUCCGGAAACCCGUUGCAGGAGGGCGACGAGGUCUUCUUCGACGAGGUUUUCGAUGAGAUGAAGCAGAAGAUGCGCGCCUCACAGGUUCAGGGCGGCACCGGCUCGCACAUGAUGAACAAGGGCAAAUUUGGCGGUGGCGGUGGCAAGUUCGGUGGCGGCGGCAAGUUCGGCGGAAAGGGCGGUAAAGAAAUUGACGUUGUUGAUGUUUCUUACUUGGUCCGAUAGAGAUUUCUUUAUCCAACGAUUCUGACUCCAGCUUUAGAACCGUGGUAGCUUUCCCAUCGUGUAGAUGAAUUUCAGCUGGGUUGAGCUUUAGUCCGGAUAGAUCAUCGAGAUCUACUACAACCUUUCGUUCCGCACACUAUGUUACCCUUUCCUUGUUUUCAAUUCCAUCCCGAACGCAACCAAGAAAAAUUUCUACACACUUCUUGUUGACCAUGGCGAAACAAUCCAAAAACAGGAUACGACGGUGGAUAUGGCGGAGGUUUCGGCGGCGGUAAGUUCGGGUUUGACAAGGGCUUCGGUGGCAAGGGGUUCGAUGACUUCGGCGGCAAGGGCGGGUUCGGCGGCGGCCCGAUGUGGUAAAGAGAUUUGUUGACGUCGCUGACGUCGGUGAAAUGCUGCUCUUACCAAGUAUACUAGGUGCAGAAGUUGUUGCUGUGUAUUGGGUGGUGCUGAUCUCCACCCGAUGCCUUAGCCAGCUCGUGAUAUGAGCUUGAGAACAAGUAUAAUCGCCCCCAGAAGUAGUAUUUCUUGAGUCGUUUUUAUCGGCACUUACGAUCUUUCACUCAACUUUACACUUUACACGUCACAUCAAAUUUGCUACACUUGUACUUUAGAAAAUCACCGUAUUCGAACAAAAUUUCUUCUUCAUGCUUUGUAGUUCAAUACUCAGAAUGACGAAAUAAGACUUCUUUCAACGACUGCGAAUUCAAGAAAUAAACUUAGAGCAGUAGACUAUGUUGAAUAUGCCUAUACCUGGAACAAUAGAGGAGUUUAGAACUGGUUUCAACAUGAACGAAGUUGUACUAUAUCACUGUCAGUCGAGCUUCAUGCACUAUUUUUGAAUCCAUCUGCUUCUGACCAAAUUCGAUAUAACUACUCACACGCGAAAGUCUAUUUCUACUAAAGCAUUUUCUUCUAGAUGCUCUUGCUCGGGGACCAUCAUAUGGAGGAAACUACAAAACAAAAACGUAGAGGAUGCGGAUGGAAUUCGAAGAUACAAAACUGUAUUGCUACACAGCGUUUUUUACGUGGACUGCCUACUCCUCUGGUAGUCCAGCGCAGUCCGUUCUGGAUACCAGGUGAGGAUGACAUUCUCACUUCUACAUACUAAUGCCCAGUCUCCAGCAAUUUGAACGAGGCGUGAUCGUGAAUGUCACGAGCAUCACUCUGGUGAUCUCAUCGCAAGGAACGCAGUAAGUAGUUGUUACAGCUCUACUCUAUCUCUAGACUCUAUCUGAUCAGGCUCUCUGUCAGCCUUGGAAGCGCCUUCAGGGACGUCGAAACACUUGUACUUUCGGCUGCUCUGGCGUGAAGAUGUGCUGGCUCAGAGACAAUGUAGAAAAGGCUAGAUCUAUCAUGAUGAGUUGAAGAAAAGUUCUGCGCCACCGAGUAUCGUUACCAAAUGCCGAAUAGCACCAUCUACCUGCUCUCCUGGUCUGAGAGUGAAAUGUUGUUUUUCACGGAGGACAGGGAGUAGCGGGAUCUUUUAUGUUGCCAUUGCUUUCCUGAAAAAU